UGAGGCAGAUGUGAUAUGUAUCGAAUUUGUUGCAGGAGUCAUGGAGAGUUGUUAAUCGUUCAGUCUGCCGUGUUUGUAAUUGUGUUUUACUUCUGUUGUGCUAAUUGAUGCGGCAGAGAGAUUGAUAAAACUAUUAGAGGUUUUGGUUAGUGGCGUUGAUGUAUGUACAUUUGUUGAAAUUCGAGUGGAUAAAAGAAAGUACUGUGAAACGUAUUGCAGUAGUUUCGCAGAUUUAGUACCACAUGGUUGAAUUUCAGAUUAUGACGUAUACUUGUUUUUGUACAUCUGUGUUUACUGAGUUUUUAGAUAUAUAGUUCCAGUACUUAUAUUUGAUUUAGUUUAUGUUAAAACAUUAUGGUGGAUGUUGCAUUCAAUGACAUCAUGAUCCAAUUGGUUGAAUAUAAGAUAAGUAAAUGGAAGCUGGAUGAUGAUGAACAUGAUGAAAGUAGUAGUGCACCUAGUUCAGUAAGCAACGAAGGCCCACCAGUAAGGAAAUUAUAUGUGGGAAAUUUAAGUGGUAGGACAUCUUACUGUGAUCUACGUCGUCUUUUCCGUCACUAUGGGAAGGUUGUUGAUGCUUAUAUUUCAAGAAAUGUAAUUACCCGGGCAAGAAAGAAAUAUGGCUUUGUGACAUUUAAGUACCCAGAAGAUGCAUCUAGUGUGUUGAAAUUGAAACACGGAGAGCUGAAGCUUCAUUUUCGGACUUUAUACGUGGCACCGGCCGACAGCUGGCACCAACCAGUUGAACUGCCAGAUGGAAGGGUCUUGUGGAAAUCAAAUUCCCAUGUUUGUAAACGUUGGAAAGAGGUGUGCUUGGACAUGUGGGUAUACCAGAAACACUUGGAUUUCACUUCGUUAUUCUCUUUGUCAUCUGCGUCGUACCUCGACAUGCCAAUACUUGAGGCAUUUUUGAAACGAUGUGGUAGAAAUCUCCAAAGUCUUGAUCUCUGUCACGGGCCUCAUUGCCUAAACGCUUCAGUACAUAGAAUUAUCGCUACCUACUGUAAAAACCUUCGCUGCCUUAAUCUUGCUGGUUUGCCAGUAACUUCAUAUGGCCUCAGAUUUUUGUCAACCAUUAGUCAUGAACUGAGAGUGCUCAACUUGGAUAGUUGUUCAGGCAUUUUUGAUAAAGACCUCCAGAAAAUGUUUCGAGAAUGUCAACACUUGGAAUCUGUUACAUUAUCCCACAACAACAAACUGACAGGAAAAUGUGUUCGAGGCCUGGCACACGCACCACUGAAGAUAUUAGUGAUGGAUGGAUGUAACAGUAUCCGACCCGGGAGUCUUGUGAGCGGACUUCGUGAACUCAAGAGUCUUACUAGCCUUAGCCUCAAUUCUUGUGCUACGUUGUCCAGCAGUGAUGUGUCGGGUAUCAUGGGUGCUGUCCCAAAACUACGAUCAUUGUCAUUGGCAGAGUAUUUCCCCUUAUUGAGUUCUACAGCUCUCAAAGCACUGGAUCAGCUACACGACCUUAUUAGCUUGAAUCUUCAGCUUAAUCUUGCUGUUAAUGACCAGAUCAUGGAUGCCAUCACAAGAAGUUGUCUCAAGAUCGAAGAACUCAACAUAACGGGUUGCAGUGUUCAUUCUUGGGAAUCAGGUUCUAUAACAGACAGUGGCUUGAGAAGCCUGGCAGCAUUACCAAAUUUAUUUAACCUGUCCAUGAGUUAUAUGGCAAAUGUGUCUGACGCAGCGUUGGAAGCUGUAGCACGCAAAGGAAAACUCCGGAAGCUUGUGUGUCGAGGCUGUCCAACUUUCACAGAUGUUGCUUGUAUCAGUGUGGUAACCUCGUGCAGUGAAUUGGAACUUUUCGACUUUAGUGGGUGUGAUCUUGUGACUGAUGCCAUCGUUCAAGCAGCGUUGGAUUCCGUUAAAUUGCGAACCAACGGCGUCAAGCUGACGUUGGUAGUGGGAGCCACCAGUGUUUGCGGAUCUGCUCCUGUGGAAAAGAACCCAUUACUUGAAGUGGAUUUUUCAGACCUCUGUAUCGCUCGUCUUCGACCGGAUUUUGUCGAUGAAAUUUACUUCCCAUCAUCAGAUAAUGAGGAUUUUGAUUAUAUGGAUGAUCUCUGUGAUUGGGAUUGGGAUUGCCAUUCAUUGUUUACUGGAGAUGAUGAUGACGACGACUUCUAUGAAGACUUCUCUGACGAUGGUGACUAUUAUGAAGACUGAUACAUGAAAGUGACAUUUUGGAAUGACUGAAUUUAAGCUGAAAACACCCCCAGAAGAUGGCAUAUCAUCUGUUAAAUUUGGACCUAACUCUGCACAAUUCUUACUUGUAUCUUCUUGGGACAAAACUGUACGUUUGUAUGAUGUUAUAACAAAUAACAUGACAGUUUUGGACGUUUGUUUCCAGGUGAGGUAUUCUAUAAAGAACGACAAGCUUGCAUUGUAUCUUCAUGUCUGUUUCUCUUUUCCCUUGAACCAGUUUUGAGGAUACUUGGUAUGAACGUUGACUGUAGAGGUGACUCAACCUCUGUAUUUUUGAUUUUCUAACAUUAGUAAUGCCAACGUCUUAGCCAUGCAGACUUCUCGGGUGGGGCUGACUUAGCACCAUUUAACGUGGAAUAAUGUUGUAAUGUAAUACAGUGUGGCAGAAAUACUUUUUUAAAUUAAUAAUUACACAUGUUGUGAUGAUAUGAAACUUUUUACAUGUGACAAAUUUAGUGUAGUGAUAUAUUUCUUCCCUCACUUUUUCUCAGAAGUGGCUUAUGAUACAAAACAUAAAAUAUAGACCCCCAAUCAGCAUCUACCACUGUCAUGUCUAAGUGGUUAGUACUCCUACUACAUAUUCAGGAGGUUCCAGGUUCAAAUCUUAGUCUGGAGACCAGCAGUUGUGACAGACUUUUUAGUUUCCCAGUUCCUACAGGCAAAGGCCAGGAUAGUCCUUUAAAUUAUACUUACUUCGCUGUUCUACAGCCCAUGCAGGACCCUGUCCUCACUGUUGCUCUCAUUCUCCUCCUUUUCACUAUCAUCAAUCUAAGAUCCUCUUCAGCAUCAUACAGCUCUCACGUCCUAGGUCUGCCAGUACAGUAGGAUUUAAGUUUUGACUUCUGAGAUAUUGAUUUGGAUUUCAUUAUUGAUCCCAGGGCAUAACAGAAUAUAUUUCCUGCCAUCACUCUCAUUUAAUAUUGAUCCGAGGUACUUGAAAAUAUACUCGAUGCAUUUCAAGUCCCUAGGUUCCUGCCUCGGUUGUGAUAUCUAUUGUAUUUAUCACAGGGAUGAUGAAAGUGAAUAUGACACGUUUUCAGAAAUAAUUUUUAAUGACUAUUUUGAAAGAAUAAUGCGGGAUUUGUUGGCGACACUGUUCCAAAAAAUUAGCAUUAGAUACCAUUAUACUCUUUUCAUGGUGCCUAGUUUGCACUGUGUUUAUUGAUAACAGUAAUUGUGUUGUGUCGUAGAGGAACCGUAGUUGGAACUCAUGACAAUUCAAUUCGAGUACUUUCCUGAAGUAAAUGGCAUAUUGACAGGAAGUUGGGAUGCAACUGCAAAUUGUGGGAUCCUAGGAGUCCAUGGUGUGUGGGGGACAGUAAAAACUGUGUGAUUUAUACAACAUGAGAGUUUCAUUAAAAUGAAAUAUUAAAUGAUUGCCACAUUAAGUAAGAUUAUUUUUUUUUUCACACUUCUGUAUUUCCUGUCCAGAUAUUAAUUUAACUUAAUUAAAUUAAUUUAUUUGGUUCCUACUUGCAGUCACUUUAACAAAAUCUAGAUUCAAAAAUAUAAGCAGGAAUACAAAAUUUUUAACAUCACAAAAAUUAAUAAAAAUUUGCAAUUCAGGAUCAUUCUGUCACCUCGGCCAUUGCAUUGCUUUGCAUGAAACACUUCAAUGUUUUCAGUAAUUAAACACAGAGAAAAUUUGACGUGUUAGAAUUGUGACUCAUCUGCGUAUCAUUCUACAAAAAGUGAUUUAUUUGCCGUGUUGCGUGUUCUUAAGGUAUACACAAUGAGUCUAUGUGGUGAGAAGUUUGUUGUGGGCACAGCAGGAUGCAAAGUGUAUGUCUGGGACCUCCACAACGUGGGCUACGUCCUUCAACGCAGGGAGUCGAGUCUCAAGUACCAGACCAGAUGCAUUCGCUGUUUCCCCAACAGACGGAGAUAACAGUGAAAAGAAUUAUUCUUUUCUCCACAUUUAUACAGAGUGUCCGGAUGAAAGGUAUCCAAAAUAAAAAAAUUAUAUAUCGGAAACUAAUUGUCAAACACGUAUCUGGUUUAUGGCAUCAGAAAGGAAAACUUUCUCAGUAAAUUUCAAUGUGGACUCCCCUGGUGGCACGACAAAUAUCCAGACGAUAGUCAAGCUCGUUCCACAUUGCUUGAAGCAUGUUUGGUGUUACCGUAGCCACAGCGUCCCUUAUGCGGGCUUUCAGGUGUUGAAGGUCGUUGAUCUUAACCUGGUAGACAAUGUUCUUCACAUAACCCCACAAGAAAACAUCCAAUGGGGUUAAAUCUGGCGACCUAGGAGGCCAAGCGAUUGGUCCACCUCUGCCGAUCCAUCUCCCAGCCAUCUCUCUGUCCAGGUGAUUCCUAACAUGGCGGCAGCAAUAAUGUAAAAUUAAAGUAUUUUUUAUUUGCAUUCAGACUUCAGAGGCUUUUUUCUCAAAACUUUAACUUUGCAAGUUUACGCUUUGUAUUCAGAUUUAUUAUACUAAUGUGUGUGUCAUCGGGAUCAAUAUUCUGACGAGGUGUAAAAUUACGGGAGGACAUCGUGAUGUCAUGAUACCAAAAAGUUGUGGGAUUUCAAUUAAAGUUGUGUGAGUGGUAUUUCUGAUGUGUUUUUCCCGUUGUAUGUAACCAUGUUAACAAAUAUAAUACUGAUAAAGAACACAAGAUUUAUGCAUACGUGAGAAGGAAAAUAGGAGCUGUAUGAUUAUAAACUAAAUCUCUUUUCAUUAUUUAUUAAUUAGAAUGUUCAUAAUUUUAUCCUGAUGGAUUUGUCAACAUAUGGGAUAGAAUCAACAAGAAACGGUUGAGUCAGUUUCAACGCUACAGUGCGACCAUCUCGUCGCUGUGCUUCAACGAUGUUGGUAAGUCAGGAUUGCUGGUGAAGUCUUCAUCGUUUUUAGAGCUCAGAAAUUUGUAAGACAUUUUCAGUUUUCAUCCCACUAUAAAUUUCCAGUCAUUAAAAUAUUCUUUGAAUUGUUUUCUUGAAUUUCGUGAUAAUAAUGAAAUAGAUUUACAGGGUUCACACAAAUUAAUUGUGGGGUUUUGUGACCUUGCCAUUAAGUUGGUGGUACAAUACCCAGCUCUAGAUACAUGUUGACUUAAUUAGAUACUCAUAUUGAGAAUAAUGAAGCAGAAUUCUUCUUACAACAAUAAAAUUUCUGUAUUAUUACAUUGACCAUGCUUAAAAAACAUUUAUAAGAGUGGUUUUGUCAUUAUUGGCUCUACUCAUUACAUCGAGACUUUUAUUUUAAGUUUAAACUAAAUGUAUAUAAUCGAGGUUUACAUGAAAUUGAUAAGUGUUGUGUGAUGUAUUGUUCCAGGCACUGUCCUUGCAAUUGCGUGCUCUUACGUUUACGAACUUGAGGAACCACCAGAGAAUAUGCCAGAAGACAAUGUGUUCAUCCGUCAUGUCACUGAUCAAGAGACAAAACCAAAUACUGGCUGAUUGAUCAAUCGACCGAGUGAGUCAUCUGUUUAGUAAUAAGACUGACUGCUGGUACAAAUCUGAAUUUUACAUGGAUAUCUGCUGUUCUUUUUACCACCUUUGUGAAGUACUUUCUGAAAGUCAGUACAAAUCAAGGUCAUCCUCCGUCUGUCCGUGUCCUCGUCUCCCGUCACCUGCCGACGGUUACGAGUCGCUACGUUGGAAACGUACUCGUUGGUUUGGUCUAGAAUAUUUGACUUUCUCCAGUGUUUCUUUGAUAUUACUGUGAUAUAUCAAAUAUUUAAAUUAGAGGAACGGUGAUACUGAGGGUAUAAUUGUUCGCAAGUUGCUUUAGGGAUGACCAGAAUUGGAAACACGUGGUUCGUAGGACAUGGGGAAGAAUGACAAUGAAAUUGCCAGUUAUGUAAUGAUUUUAAAGUUCAUAUUCAUGGUAAAAUGAAGUGUAAAGAUAUUAUAAAAACAUGACAUGAUAAUUCACAGAAGUAACACUCAUAUGCUCUAUCUCACAUUUUAAGUGAAGAGGUGGCUUUUGGUUCUGGAAAACCGUUAAGACGAUCUCGUCUGUCAGGAUGUCUGUAGGACAGCUUUUUUUUUAUUUUAUUUUAGAGGCUCCCAGCAGGUAAAAAAAAUGGCACCUGUUAAUUGCCUGAGAUUGAGAAAGUAAAUAAAUGUUCGGUACGAAUUACUCAUGAUUUGGCAUAAAAAUUCUCAAUGAGGUUGGAAAACUUCGGUUAUAUUCCUAACUGGUGCAAGAUCUGUAUCAAAAUUAUCCGUCCCUGUAGUAUCAUAUUCAUAGUUCGUAGCAUUAAGAGACAGAAUUAUGUGUUAUUAUGCCUGUAACCAGUACGACACUAAAUGUAUCCAGGUAACAGAAGAGUAAAUCGCUUGGAUAUGCUUUA